UGUUUAUUUGUACAUCGCGUACUUCAUUUGUAAAAAAAAGCCCAACAACAAUGCACUCUCUUUCAAAUUGAAUAAUUGAGUCAAAACGAAGUAGAAAAUCGUAGUGUGAUAAGAAACUAUUAUAAAUCUCUUGAUGACUACGUACAGUAGGCGAACCUGGGAAAGUAGCAAUAAUAGGGGCUGGCGUGUGCGGACUGAUCUCUUUAAGGUAUGCCAAAGAGUCUGGCCACCAAUGCGAUGUCUUCGAGCAGACUGGGGAGUUUGGAGAACGAACGUGCCAAAGGAAAUGAUGGAAUUUCUUAAUUUUCGACAUUCGUCCGAUAUCAAUGAGUCUUAUAUUACUCAACCAUUGGUUUUGAAAUACUUACGCGACUUUGCAGAUAAAUUUGAUCUGGAAAAACAUAUUCAGUAUUACUCGUAUGUUACAAAAGUGGAACCGCAUGACGAUCGAUGGACUGUAACAGUUAGGGACGUUAAACGCAAGGAAGAACGAUCAGAAUGUUACGACGCGGUCUUUAUUUGCAAUGGCAGCUUCGCCCAUCCGCGUAUGCCGGAAGUAAAAGGCGAGAAACUGUUUAAAGGUUUGCUAUUUCAUAGUUGCGAUUAUAGAAGUACAACAUUGUUUGUAAAUAAAAGGGUAUUAGUCGUCGGCGGUUCUUUUUCUGCCGUCGAUAUAUCACGCCUAAUUAUACCAGUUGCCCAAAAGGUAUACAUAAGUCAUCCUAAGCCACUACUGAUAAACGUAGAGAACGCAAUCCUAAAACCGGGAGUAAAGGAACUGAACGAAGGGGGAGCAGUGUUCAUUGAUGGAAGCAAGGAAGAUUUUGACAUAAUAAUGUAUUGCACUGGUUACAAGCACUUCUACCCGUUUCUCACGAAGGAGUGUGGAAUUACAGUUGAAGACAGUUGUGUGCAGUACCUCUAUAAACAUGUCAUAAAUAUUGAAAGGCCAACUUUAUUCUUCAUUGGUAUACCCACAUUAGUUGGGGCGUAUAUCAAUUCUGACUUGCAGGCGCGUUUUGCUGUGGCAUUUCUUGAUGGAAAGUUUAAUCUGCCUCCAAAAGACGUAAUGCUUAAAGAGAUUCAGGACCAUUUCAAGGACCUAGAACACAAAAACCUUCCACUGAGGUAUUUCCACAAUAUUGGACUGGAGUUAAGGGCAUACAUGAGCGAUCUAUGUCAAAUUUCUGGCAUUGAACCAUUUCCAGAAGUUAAAAUUCGUAUUCACGAACAUGUAAUUAAUACCUUGGUUACUUGUAAAAGAAACACAAAAUAUGUAAUUAUUGAUGAAGAACAAUUUGUUGAAGUUUAAUAAAGUUACGAUCGAUCAA